AUGCAGACACAAUUGGUGACGUGGUGUUACGAACGAGACAUCCGAAGAGACGAAGACUAUGAGGAGUUCUACAAGGUGUAUUCCGGCGUGAAAAAGCUCCCUCCUCCCGUGGAAAGCCUCCAGCUGUACACGGAUUCUCCCAAGUUCGCUGCAAGAGAAGGCGAGAUGGGCGCCGACGGUGGUUUUUUCGGCGGUUUGGCACUAGACGACAGCAAGCUGAGGGAAAGUAUGGAAGAGAUGAGGAGACAGGACGCGGAGAGGGUGCAGAACGAGGGUGGGAAAGCCAAUGGAGAGGCGAUAGCUGGUAGCGGAGGCGAUGGGACAGAUGAGGAGGCCUUUCUAGAGGAGAUGCAGCGGCAGGUGGCUCAGCAGCAGGCGCUGCAAGAACGGGAGCUGUCACGGAAAGCGCUGGCUGACAAGAGACCAGGUCAAGACGCCUCUGGAGCUAAUGGUUUGGCAGCGGCUUUUCAGGGGCUUGGUGUAGGAGGAUCCGCGAGAGACGCGAGUUCCAGUAACGGAGCUGCUGAUAGCGGAUCAGGACAUGGCAAGGCAGGGUCCCAGCAGCACGUAAGCAGCCCUUCUGGAAGUCAUGGCAGCAAGGGGAGUCCAGUCGUAGUAGGGACGGCUAAUGUAGGCGGGUUCAUGGGAGGGAUGGGUGGCAUGUCUGCUCUUGGUUCCUCAGCCACUGCAGGGAUAUCUUCUCUUACAGGUGCCGUUGGAGGCCCUGGUGGUAUACCACCCGCUCUUGCUGCAGGUCUGCUGGGCGGAACUGUGGGUUUAGAUCCUUUCACAACGGCUGCGCUGUUACAAGCGAUGGGAGGAGCCUCGGGAGCGUCUGGUGCGAGCUUAGAGGAGCUCCUGGCAGCUGUGGGUGCAGGGGGAGGGGUAGGAGCCGCGGCAGGACUGGCAGGCGCUGGUCUCGCAGGAGCAGGUGCAGCAGCAGGUCUGCCUGUUGGAAUGGGCUUGUCAGCUGCAGCCGCAGCCUUUGCUGCCCCCACCCAAAACAAAGACAAGGCAGGAGAGGCAGGGAAAGGCGCAGCAGCGGACGCCAGCGCGAAUAAGGCAGGAUCAAGCGCCGCUGGACCAGCAGCUUCCACCCCAGGAGCUCCUAGUGCUGCCACUGCUGCUGCAAGCUCCCCUUCUCUGGCUGGAGCCGCAGGAGGGGCACUGCCAGGACUUGGUUCCCCAGGGCUGGGAAGUCAGGGCGCCGGGAUUCUGGGUCUGGACGCCCUUCUUGCUCAAGGCGGGGCGGGCCUUCUUCCAGGCAUGCUGCCAGGCGCAGCAGGCAUCGCCCCCUCCAAUCUGCACCUGUAUGAGCAGCUGCUGAGGGCCAGAGCAGGCGCGCCUGGCGUGGACUUGUAUGGCGGAAUGGGCGGCAUGGCUGCAGCGGCUGCAGCAGCGGCAGGGGGUGCUGGGCCAAGAGGGGGAUUUGGCAUGGGUAUGGGGCUUGACGGGUUUGGGCUUGGCGCACCCAUGGAUGCGUUUUCAGCAGCUGCUGCCCUGCAGGCUGCGAGGAUGUUUCCUGGGGCGAACCCUGCGGAUAUGCUCUCUGCCAUGGGUGGGCUUCAGCAGCCACAGCAAGUAGGGGCAGGGCAGGGGGAGAAGGAUUCGAAGGAUAAGGGAGGGAAGGGGGCUUCACAAGGGGUGGCAGCAGGGUCGGAUGUGGAUAUGUCCUCGUUGCUUCAGGCACAGCAGGUCCAUCUCAUGACUUCUUCUUUCCCUUCUGCUGUCUUCCUCCAGAUGGCCAUGCUCCAGGCGCAGGCGCAGAGGCUGCAGGCGCUGCAGCAGCAGGUGGAGGAGGAUCUGCUCAUGCGGCAGCAGCGCCAGCAGCAGCAGCAGCUGCUCUUCCACCAGCAAGCCUUCCUGCAGGAGCAACAGCAGCAGCUGCUAGGCCAAGCUGCCAACCUCCCCAUCGGCGCAGCAGCAGCAGCAGCCGCUGCUCAGAUGCUCCGGGGGGGCGCGCCAGGCAUGGAUCUCUUUGCUCUCAACCCAGGCCUGGCUGGCAUGGCGGGAGGGUUUGGGUUCCCCCCUGCCACAGGGGCAGCAGGCAGCGGCAGCAGCAGCACUCCGUCUGGCCUGUGCAAGUUCUUUUCCCAGAGCGGGUACUGUGCACGGGGAGAGUCCUGCCCGUUCCUGCAUUCCAUGGGAGGAAUGGGGCUCGGAGCUGCAGGAGCAGGAGCAGGCGCUAUGGGAGCAGCAGGGGGCGGAGCAGGCAUUGCCGGUAGUGCACCGCAGGGUGUAACGUCCCAGGCUGGUUACCGCGUAGGGGCGGCUCCCUAUGUGUCUCCCGACAGGGGUCCGCGAGCAGGCGGGGGAAGGGGAACUCCUCCUGGGUUUGCCGGCGGCACUGCAGGGGCAGCACGGGGGGCGGGAGGUGGGGGCAGCGGGGCGCCUGGAAUGCUGGGCCCUGGUGGAGGUGGCAUGAGGAACAGAAUGGACGGGGCGAGUGGGGCGAAUGGGCUGAUGGGUCCUGGGCCUGGAGCGGGGCUGGGUGGAGGGGAACUGGGCGGUGGAUCACCACCAGUGGGGGGAUAUUCUGGGGCUGGAGGGUUGAUGGGGGGAUAUGGGGUGGGAGGGAUGGGGAUGGGGCUGGGGUCGGCGCAGCACUCAAAGUACUCGUCGCUGGAUGAGGUGGAAGGGCAGAUGGCUGUCAUUGCCAAGGACCAGCAUGGAUGCAGGUUUCUGCAGCGCAAGUUUGAUGAAGGUACUUCAGAGGAGGUGGCGCGCAUAUUCAAGGAGAUCAAGCCGCACAUGGUGGAGCUCAUGACAGACCCGUUUGGCAACUACCUGGUGCAGAAGGCUCUGGAGGUGUGCAGUGAGGUGCAGAGGGAGGAGAUCCUGGCCAUGGCCACGGAGAACCAGACAGACCUCGUCAGCAUCUCCCUCAACAUGCACGGCACGCGGUCGGUGCAGAAGCUGAUUGAGACGGUGACGAACCCCCAGGCGGUGCAGCGGCUGACAGCCAGUCUGGCGGGCGGCGUGGUGACGCUGAUCAAGGACCUCAACGGCAACCAUGUCGUGCAGCGCUGCCUGCAGCGCCUGUCCGCUCAGCAGAACGAGUUCAUUUUCAACGCUGCGGUGUUGCACUGUGUGGAGAUCGCGUCGCACCGCCACGGCUGCUGUGUGCUGCAGCGCUGCAUUGACUUCGCACAGGGCCAGCAGAAGAACCGCAUCCUCGCUGAGGUCGCCUCCAACGCCCUCGUGCUCUCCCAAGACCCCUUCGGCAACUACGUGGUGCAGUAUGUGCUGGACCUAGGGCUGCCGUGGGCGAUGGAGGAGGUGGUGGUGCGGCUGCAGGGGCAGUACGCGCCAUUGGCGCAGCAGAAGUUCAGCAGCAACGUCGUGGAGAAGUGCCUCAAGCUCGCCCCAGACAACUGCCGCCACCUCAUCAUCCAGGAGCUCGUCGUCUCGCCCCUCUUGGGGCAAUUGCUGCAGGACCCUUUCGCGAACUACGUGGUUCAAUCCGCUCUGACGGUGGCUAAGGUGAGGCUGGCUAUGGGCUUGCAGGGAGGGAGGAUCAGGUGCGAGGGAGGGGGUGUCAGAGGGGAGUGCCUGAAGCUCGCCCCUGACAGCUGCUGCCACCUCAUCAUACAGGAGCUCGUUGUCUCUUCCCUCCUGAGCCAGCUCCUGCAGGACCUCUUUGCCGACUAUGUCGUUCAGACUGCACUCAUCGUGGCUAAGGUGAGGCUGGCCCCCUGGGGCUUACAGGAGGGAGGGUCGGGUGGGAGGGAAGGGGUCCUGCACUCACCGUGGACACGGCGAGAAACGGAGGGCAGAGGGGACGAGGGGAUGGGUGAUGGCGGGGAAAGAGAUGGUCCACUGGCAGGCCAUAAUCCAGGAAACUCAUGCCUCUCCUCUGCUGAGUUCCUCCCUCUGCCAACAAUCGCCCUCUCCUCCCUGGCCCCUCGCAAUCCACCCUCUCCUCCCUGUGCUCUGCCCACCCUCAUCUUUCCGUCCUACUCUCCCUCUAACCCCUCCUUCACCCCCUCCCUCUUUCUUCCAGGGGCCGCCGCUGGCCCACUGUACACAGCCCUGGUGGAGGCCAUUCGCCCGCACCUGCCGUCCCUCCGCAGCAGCCCCUACGGCAAGCGCAUCCUCGCCCGCACCAACCUCCGCCCCAAGUAG